CAUUUGAUUAUAUCUGUCGUGGAUCGAAAGCGCUGCUGCUAUAGUUAAAAGAGAGCGAGAGAGAGUGGUGUUUCAACCAACGUUCGGUAAGGUUGAAGAGUUGCUUGAAUCUCCCACUGCGUGGUAACUGUGGACAUGAACACUGCGGAAGCCAGCGUCAACCAAAGCCAUCAUGCGACGCCGCCCACCAGCAAUGAGCCUGUCUGCGAGGACUACGUUCUUCAUGUGCAUAUGCCGAACAAAAGUUUCAAGGCAGUUCGGUUCAACGAAAACGAAACUGUGUGCAAUGUCAUCAAAAAGACAGUUGAGGACCUUAGCAGGGAUGUCCGAGUGCCAAGUAUUCAGCGAUACGCAUGCCGAAUGCUCAAUAUGAUCACUAAAGAGGAACUGUGGCUGGCCAGGACAACUCCGAUGCGCAAGGUUCUGACACACAUCUUGUCUCCCGGCUGCUCAAACGUGGAUUGUCCAAACAACGAUGCUGCCAAAGCGGAGCUUGGCGAGGGCAAACUGCAGUAUCAGGACCAUGGCAGAAGAGUCAUUACCAACAGAGUGUGGCGAGUGGAAAUGAGAGUCCGCUAUGUGCCAAACAGUAUUCAAGAUCUGUUCGACGAGGAUAAAGCCACAUGCUUUUACUACUUCGAUCAGGUGAAAGAAGACUUCAUUCAUGCCAAUCUAACGUCAGUGGAUACUGAUCUGGCUGUGCAGCUGUGUUGCUUGGGAAUUCGUCACUUCUUCAAGAACAUUACUAUGAAAGCACCGGACAAGAAGCAAAACAUUGAUUACAUUGAAAAGGAAAUCGGAUUUAAGAGUUUUCUUCCGCAAUCUGUGAUAAACACAACAAAGCCAAAGAAUCUUAAGAAAAUGAUACAAGUCGGAUAUAAAAAGGUCUAUAACUAUAACGACAUUGAGUACUUGACGCGGUUCUUCGAUCUUUUGAAAAAUAUUUAUUUAACGAACUAUGAGCACUUUGCGGUUACCUUGAGCUCGGCCUGGAAUAUAUCUGGUAUUCUGCACGUUGGUCCUCACAUUGGAAUCUCUUACCAGACUCAUCCACAAGCAAGCUUGACGAAUGUGGCUCAGUUCAAAGAUGUCGUUGCCAUCAAAACCUGCACUCUACCAAAGGAAAAGCUGCCCAAGCCCAUGGACCAUACCCCUGAAACUGAGUCAAAUAAUUUAAAUUGCAAUUGCCAGAAAAUCAAAACUCAAAUCAAAAUCUCUGCGUCCAAUAAUGUAGAAGAUCUGGUUAUAACCUGCAAUGGAAUUAAUACUGCCGAAAGCAUUGCCGACCUUAUUGACGGAUAUUGCAGGUUGCUCUCAAAAGACCUAGAAUUUACAAUUUGGCAACGAGAGACGAGCACAUCGAGCGAUGACAGCACAGCGACAAAGACCAAUGAUCUCCCGAUCGAGCCAGCCCAAGCCCAAGCCGCGUCGAGUCCGAGAAAACCGAUGCUGACGGAUGAUUAUGCUGAAAUUGGUUUAUUGGAAGGAGAGGGUGAUUACUCAACUCCCACUGUACGAAAUUACGAGCUGGAUAGAGCCCUUAUCACUCCGAGUGCUAAGAUUGGAGUUGGUCAGUUUGGAGAUGUUUAUGUGGGCACCUACACUCUCCCCAAGGCUGCCAAGGGCAAGCACUCGGAUGCAAAUGACAAAGAUAAUAGGGGCGAUCCAAAAUCGAGCAAUGGUAGACCCGACGUUAUUCAAGUUGCGAUAAAAACCUGUAAAGCAAACGACGAUCCAGAAAAGACGGAGAACUUCCUGGCCGAAGCUUAUAUUAUGCAGAAAUUCGACCACCCACACAUUAUACGUUUGAUUGGAAUAUGCAGCGUAAUGCCAAUUUGGAUAGUCAUGGAGCUGGCAAAGCUUGGCGAGCUGCGGGCCUAUCUAAAGGCAAACAGCGACAGAUUAACGCAUGGAACCCUGCUUAAAUACUGCUACCAGCUAUCAACGGCCCUUAGCUAUUUGGAAUCUAAAAAAUUCGUACACAGAGAUAUUGCGGCACGCAAUGUACUCGUUAGCUCUCCCACGUGUGUUAAGCUGGCUGAUUUUGGGUUAUCUCGGUGGGUUUCCGACCAAUCUUAUUAUCACUCCACUCCCACAGUUGCCCUGCCUAUUAAGUGGAUGUCUCCCGAAUCGAUCAACUUUCGAAGAUUUACGACUGCCAGCGAUGUGUGGAUGUUUGGUGUUUGCAUCUGGGAGAUACUUAUGCUGGGCGUAAAGCCGUUUCAAGGCGUGAAGAACGGUGACGUGAUUUCGAAGCUGGAAAACGGAGAGCGGCUACCUCUGCCGCCAAACUGCCCCCCUCGAUUGUACUCGCUAAUGUCGCAGUGCUGGGCCUACGAACCAUUAAAAAGACCCAAUUUUAAGCGCAUCAAGGAGACAUUGAAUGAAAUUCUGAUGGAGGAUAGUAUUAGCACAUCCGAGACACUGAAACGGGAACACCGAAGAUUGGUAACCAUGUCCUGGGUGGGCAGUGAGGAGUCUGACAUUCCGCCGUUGAAGCCAGCAAGAGCAAUGCAUGACUCUGAUAUGCCAAGCAUGAUGUCUAAGGUGGAUGAGGCAACGGGAAUACCUCAAACCUAUAUCAUUGCACAGGAUCCUGCGGUGCUGGCCAGGCUGAUGAUGGAGAACCAAAAGCGAGGGAUCAAUCCUGCAGCUUACACCACGCCCGCUUCGGUAUUUAAUACUCUAGCUGUAGGAAUAGAUGACAGCAAAUCGAACGUUUCACUUAAGACUACCAAGCUUCCAGCAGCCGAUCUGUUGAAGCUUGACCCUAUCGCCGAAUCUGAAAAGCAGAAAAUGCAAUAUUCCUCUAACGCAAAUUCUGCUCAAACACCAAACCCCCUAACCGCCCUUGACCCAUCCACUGUAGCAAAUACCCUUGCUUAUGCUAGGCCACCGCCGCAAGGAAUAUUUUCUGGAAGUCUGCCCUCAAAGAGUAGUUUCGUUGUUUGUCCACCGCACAUGGAAGAGCAAAUGCAAAUGGAUAUGUCUAAUCCGGCAAUUUCGAAAACAGCAGGUUAUAGCCUGUACGGUAGUCUUGAGAGACACCAACCUGCACCGGCCGUUAGCAAGGGCAUCCAUUCAAAAGGAGGCAGUCUGGAGCGUCACAAAUCAUUGAUGUCGGCUCAAAAUUUGGUUUUCUACAACACAAAACCGCCACACUGCAGCAGCACGUCAGAGCGUUCGAGGAGCAUGGAGCGAAACACGUACUUUCACGCCUAUCGCCAACAAAUGAAGAACUCAAUUGAAUGUGAAUCGCUUCCCGAGGAAAUUUACGAUUUUGGAGGAGCCGGACUCAAGACCUGCGUAUCUGUACGGCAGAAUCCGAAUUCUAGUCCAUCGAUGAACGUGUGCCCAGUGGACUUCAGUCAAACAACAACUUUAGAUGGCAUGGGAUUAGAGCCACAGAUGAUGAGUGGCAUGGCAGUCGACCCUCCUUUUGGCCUUGUGUAUCAUAACAGCAUAGAUGAAGGCCGAAAUCAGUGCGAAUGGGAUCGUCAGUGGAUGCUUACUGGCCCUCAAAAUGUAACACUCGAUGGCAGUUUGGAGGGAGCUGUCUGCAUGGCGACCUUGCACGCUGACGCUGUGAGCAAUCAGUCUAUUCAAAACGUUUUGGGCGAGAAGCUAAGGCAGCAGCGCAAAGAUAGCAACAGCGAUGGGGAAUGGUUAUAUCAGGAGGAGUUGCUGCGGAGGCGAUCCAGCUCUAUUCCCCAUGCGGCCAGCAACGAGCAGCAGCCGCACAUGUUUAAGCUAGACUUAAUGUCAACCGGACCAUCUAGCCUACCCGACUGCUCGAAUGCAAAUUCCCGACCUAUGACGCCAAACACUAAUCAGCUAUCGCUAAAGUCGAACAACUCAUCCGCGGAUCACUUGUCUACACUGGCUGCUGGUGAAGAGCAGACCGGUUCAAACUCCAGAAACUUUGGCACUACGCCCUCCAGUCGACCAAUCAACCGUGCAAAAGACGAAGUGUACUGCGCAACAACUUUGGUGGUCAAGUCCAUAAUGGUGCUAUCGCAGGGUGUUGAAAAGGCCAAUACAGAAGGUUAUCUGGAUUUGGUUAAGAAUGUGGGCGUUGAGCUAAGAAACUUGCUCACAUCGGUGGACAAAAUAUCUGUGCUGUUCCCAGCGCAGGCUCUCAAGGAAGUGCAAAUGGCACAUAAAGUUCUAUCCAAAGACAUGCACGAGCUCGUUUCUGCGAUGCGAUUGGCUCAGCAAUAUAGCGAUACGACUCUAGACACUGAAUAUCGAAAGAGUAUGCUAUCUGCCGCCCACAUAUUGGCGAUGGAUGCCAAGAAUCUUUUUGAUGUCGUUGACUCGAUUCGGCAGCGGUAUCAGCACAUAUUCCCACCACUCACCCCAAAAGAAUUGACUAAUUCAUCCUGCUUUGAGGCGCAUUCAAUGUCCAUGGCAACGGAGCCCACAAACGAGCUGAGUGGCUAUAUCAAAGCAAGCAUGUCUGGAGAACCUCUCCAAAAUGCAGACAGCUCUGCAGGAAACUGUACGGGAAUUUAUGAUAAUGACUUACAUCUAUGUUUGAGCUCACAAUUGCAGUUGCAAAACAGUAGCGCCGUGGGAGAUCGGAAUGCUGUGGGCAGCUUGCAGAGGGAAAUGAGCAUGGGCUUAGAUACGACAAGGGCUUCAAACGAACCUCUACGGAUUGUAGAGGACGCUCUCAGUAGCCCUACAGAACACAUGUAUUGUAACACGUCUACUGUCCAUGGCCAUGCGUAAUUUCAAGUGCUUAAGCGCUGUGUGUGUAUAUCUAUAAUCAGCACGACUGCAUGAAACUGAUGUACAUAUAUUAUAAAUCCAAAUAUGUAUACACUAAAAUAACUUUUCUAUUCGCGAACUAUUCGAGAAAUUUGCUAAUAUAGUUACUCACAUAGUACUCCCUCAAGAUUGACGAGACCCUCACUCGGCCGGCCGCAUUCUCUCCUCGUCAUGUAGUCAAAAUAAUUUAAGAACAAAAGACGCGUUUAUGAUUUUAGAUGCCUAUUAAUGAUAUUUAUAGAUAAUCAACCCAAUCUAAUACAACUAAAUGUUCAUUUUAUAAUAAUUAUUUCGGGUGUGUUUUAAGAUAUUUAUAUAAUGUGAUUUAAAUUUGAUCAAUAUAAUGAUAAUGCUUCACUCAUUGCACAUUAUGUUGGUGCUA